UGGUGAAUGUUACUACAUGGAUUUUCACCUUAAACACAUUCUUGGUGUUUGGUGUUUGCACAGAAUGGGUCAUGCGAAAGCACAGGUUAGGAUAAUGAUAAUAAAUGCAUUAAAGUUAUAUAUGGUGAGUAUUAUAUGUGGAUUCUCACCUUAAACACAUUCUCAGUGAAAUUAAUGAUUCUCAAAUGGCAGUAUGGAUUCUUCAUGUGACCUCUGCUCUGUGGUAUUUGGUUGUGGAUUGUCAAGAUGUACUUAAUUUGUGAUUCUAUUUUGUAUUAAACACGGUUGCAUUUUACAUCUCCAUUGGUUUAGGUUGGCUAGAUAAAAGAUCUUUAGAAAUGUAAAUUAUUCUAUUACACAUAAAAUAUUGUUUAUGUGACACUUUUGCCAAAUGUAGGGUAUUUGUGGUGUUAAGCAUUAUGAUUAUAAUGUCUAAAAGUUUUAUUAAAGAAUGUUGAACAAAAAAAAAAAAUAAUAAUAAAUAAAAAGAAAUGAACUGGAGUAUUGAUGAACUUUAAGACAUUGUUAAAACCACUUAAAAUCACAUUUUGUUCUACAAAGUAAGAUAUAAUCUAGAAAUACACACAUUGCUUUGAUACAGCAAAUGUCCUGGGAAAAGAAUAGAUUAUUCUGUAUGAAAUUUCAAGCCCUAUGUACUUCAAUGUUCCAUUUCCAGAUAUAAUUUCUAUUAAAUUAGUACAUUAUUAGAAUGGUUUAUAUCAAUUUUUAAAACAAUAUGUGUUGUAUUUGCAGAAGAUCAUUAUGUACAUAAUAUCACAAUGUCUUCAUGUGAACAAAUUAAAAUUAUGGUUAACAGAAGCAAGGCCAUCAGUCUUCAUAAGGUUAUUGCAGUUGUCAUAUAAUGUUGAGUGAUUUUUUAGCCAAAUUAAGUAUAAAUAUUUUCUUAUUUUUGAGAAAUAAUUUGUGUAUUACACAUGAUUAAAUUGAAUAAAACUGAACUGCAAUAAUAGUCAUUGUAAGUUUAAACUGUUAUCGUCUUGACAAUUUUCUUUCAUGGUUGCCUUGAGAAUAGGACCAAAAUGUUUGUUUUUAUGUGGAAGUUGAAAGGAAGGUAAAUGUGUUUUGUUAAUGUUAUUAUACAUCUACCCAAAUGCUUUUAAAUGUCUAUCUUUACGCCCCAUGUGGAUAAUUUCCGUAAGAGUACAAGAUUAACCCAGUGAUGGCAGUAUGGCAUGUACAUAUGUGCCAUGUCCACUGUAAUUUUAGUUUAUUAGUUUUGGUUACACUUAAAUGGCUUCACAAGUGCUUAGUCACCAAAGAGUCAAUUGCAGAAUUCAAGGAAUGGAGAAAUCAGUAGAGGUGGGUCAUAGAAACUACUGAUAUGACUCCCUGGUGGCUGAACAAUUGUGGAACCAUCUAUGUACAAACAGAAUUCUGAAAGCAAGACUAUAGUGGGCGGUAUGUGUAGCAAGUGCCAGUGGAUUAACAAAGCCUUUGAUAUAAAAUGAUGAAUAGAGGCACAAAAGGAAAAUUUACAGAUGAAUUAUCUCAUUUAUGUUUGUAUUUUCUUCAUCAAUUAAAGUUAUUUUAUUACUGCAUUUAUUUUGAGAUUGAAGUGUUAAGAAAAUGCUUAAGUUGGUAUCUUCCAUUACUUUCAAAGUAACAAAAGUUGUCUCAUAUUCUGCAUUUGCUUUCUUACCUCUUGGCUUACAGUGAUUUAGUAUUGCAGUACUAUAAGUUGCUUUUUGGCUACUGUUGUAAAUAUGGUUGCACUGUUUUAGUAUACAUGUUUAGACAAAACUUAAAAAAGAAAAUUUGUAAAAUCAUAUUAUUUGUAAAAUCAUAUUAUUUAUCUUUCUGGCUUGAAUUAUUUAUGAGGUUGGAUUCCUGCAAUUUCCAGAUGUAAUAUAGGUUGACAUUAUUAUAUUUCAGGAAGGCUUAAGUGUUCAAAUGGUAUAGAUUGUAAUCACAAUUCACAUCAAAAGAUUUAUUCAUUAUUCUCCUCUCAGAUAAGUUUAUUUUACCAAAUGCUGAUAACUUACGACUUGUUCCCUUCAUAAAACUGUCUGAAUCCAUAAAUGUUUAUUAAAUAGUUUUUGUUUUUUGGUUCAUCAGUCAUGCUACCUUAGAGUGUAAAUUCAUAUUACACUUCAGCAAAUUACAAGCUGGAAUACUUUAUUAUAUGCAUACAGCAAAUUUUAUAUUGCAAAAUAAUAAAGUAUAAAUAUUGUUAAGUGUCACCAUGCUUUUCCUCUGCAGUGUGUGAUAAUUAAUGGGAUUUAAUACAAAGACCUGCCUUCUGAUGCCAGUUACUAUUACUUAUUAUUACUUUAAUACCCAUGUAAUAUGAAUACUGAACAUGCAUUGAUAAAUAUGUAUGGCAAGCAUUUGCUAUAUUAUCAGUACCUGAACUAUUCUUGAAAUCCUGGAAUUUAUAUUUUAUUAUUAUUAUCAUUUUAUUUCUCUCAAAUGAGUGGCAGUUUGUGAAGAAAAGACUACAUUUUGUUACACAUACCUGAAAAGUGAAAUGCUUAGGAUAUUAGGCAUCAGUAACAGGUAUAGUAAAUUAGUGUCAGUUUGUAUUCCUAAUAUGUUUAUACCCUUAAAGUACAACAGUUUAACCAGUCUGCCAGGUUGAAAAAAAUGUGAGUUCAUUUGAUAUCAUAUUUUGUAUGUACUUGAAAAAUGAUAAAGGGAACUGAUCUGUAAUCAUGCUGAUUAGAAGAGUUUAUGUUCUGCUGAAUAUUCUGCCAUACUCAUAAAUAAAAGAACAUAGUCCUCCUUUAUUGCUUUCAAUUGUUUUAUAAGGAGUAAACAUCUAUGUUAUUUUGCAUAGAUCUUUCAUGUUGUAUUUUAUUUUGUUAUGCAGUUGUUAUUUUCUUAUAAAGUAUCUUUGAAGGUGUACUACAGAUGGUACUUCAGGAUAUCAAAUUUAUAAGCAUUACUUGUGGGAAUAUACAUAUUCACAGUUGUUGGCGUCCAAAAGUAUAACAGGGGCUUUGUGUUAAGAUCAUCAUAUACUUUUGGGUGCAUUUUAGAUUGUUUUAUAUGUACAUGGAAAUAUGGUUUACUUUGUUGUAAUGUAAGAGUUGUGUAACAACAAAAUACAAAAUCCAUUUUUAGUAUGUCACAACUGUAUUAUUGAUAUUAUUUUUUCAUGAUUUAUUAAAUGUUUAUAGUUUA